UGAAGGGGAGGGCAGAGCUUAAGGAGUACGGGAGCGUAGUGAACUGGUCUGUGAAACGUCAAACAGCACAAAGGCAUCGCCACGUAAUUACGGGCUCCUAUUAGGGUCCAUCUACCCUCCUAGGGGUCUCAGGGUUUCAUUUACUCUCCGGCUAGUGCAGGCAGCAUCCGCAGCGUGCCAGCGUGAGCCUUGUUUGAAGUGCGGAGCGAGAGAAGCAGAGAGAGAGAGGGAGGGAGGGAAAAAGAGAGAGAGGGGCAAAGAAAUAGAAUCGACUGAUUCUCACUGAGAAAAACAGCUCGAAGAAAAGCGGCUGCGUCCAGCCCCAGUGCCUUUUAGCUAAGCUGAGCCAGCUUUUCGCACACACGAGUGCAUCUGUUCGGCAUCAGCGCUUUCUGCUUAGCUCUGUCAGUUGCGACCGUGAGUCAACAGUAGUGGGUAGUGGCUGAGUACUGUUUAAGAGGACUUCUUGAAAAACCAGGUGCUGGACGCUGUGAUUUUAUAUGGCGACCUAUGUUUCUUGUUUACGUGCCUGUUUAUGGAUGGACGGGAUGCGUAGAGAUUUGUAAUCGCGGAAAACAAGGAAAACAUUCCAUUUCCCGCUGUCUGUAGAAGUUGGGUUUACCACCAGUGCUCCGUUUGGAUUUCAGAAACUUUGUUUUUCUUGGAAAAGUUUAUCCGACUGGUUUGGACGCGUUGCUCAUGUUCUUGCGUUCCUGGAUCAUUUUGGCUUGCUUGUUAUUAUUGGUAUUUUCUUCUACUGUAUCCUAUUUGCGUCAUGACUUCUAGCUAUGCGCAUGUAAUGGACAGGCAAGCAACGAUAUCAAAUCGCUUGGAGAGUCCGAUUACAUCGAAUCUGGAAAAUCUUCAAGCCAAAAAGAACUUCUCGGUGAGCCACCUGUUGGACCUGGAAGAGGCCGGGGAAAUGGUUGGAACUCAGGCUGACGACAGUGUCGGUGAGGCGGGGAGGAAUAUGUUGGAAUCCCCGGGACUGACCAGUGGGAGCGACACCACUCAGCAGGAGAAUGAGCAGCUAAACGCCGAAGAGAAAAAAAAGAGGAAGCAGAGAAGGAACCGAACGACGUUCAACAGCAGCCAACUCCAGGCUCUGGAAAGGGUGUUUGAGAGGACCCAUUACCCCGAUGCCUUCGUCCGAGAGGACCUGGCCCGAAGAGUGAAUCUUACAGAGGCACGGGUGCAGGUGUGGUUUCAGAACAGAAGGGCAAAGUUCCGUCGGAACGAGCGUGCCAUGUUGGCCAGCAAGAACGCCUCUCUCCUCAAGUCGUACUCCGGUGACAUUACGGCCGUGGAGCAGCCCAUCGUACCCCGCCCAGCGCCUCGCCCCAAUGACUAUCUGUCCUGGGGCAGUGCAUCUCCCUACAGCUGGUACCCAAUGCCGGAGGGAGGGCCAAUGCGAGUGCCACAGAAAAUGCUGCCCUCAGAAAGCAAUACCAUGGCAACCUACUCCCCCACAUGCUCCAACCCCAAUACAUCCCAGGGAAUGAACAUGGCCAACAGCAUUGCCAACUUACGGCUUAAAGCCAAGGAGUACAGCUUGAACCAGGUGCCCACGGUCAACUGAGGAGGGGGGGGGGGAGAGGCUUGACGCUGGGGCCGGGGGACAGGAGAAGGCACCCACUCUCUCUCCCUCGUCUGUCCCAUAUGGACAGACAAGUCAGACCCCAGCCUCACCCCGACAGGGAUGUUCAACUUCUGACCACCCUUCAUGGACCUUUAGCGCAAAGUCUCCUCUCUCUCCUAAGCGCUGUCACUAUAGCGAUGGACCUGCGUCAUAUACUGUCCACAUAGCUGAAGCAUUUGAUGAGAAAGAAAACAGUGCAGAGGAAAUCUGAGAGGCUGAUUCCGUGAGCCACCUCUCUCCUGUCCUGAACAUCACUGAAAUAUCGAUGUCUGUACCUGCCAAUGAUAUCAAAGACCUGGAGACUGCGACUGGAAGCUGUAGUAGCAACUGACUGUUUUUGUUCAAUUUGGUGUUGACUGAAUGAAAGGGUAAUUUCCAUAGAUAUCAAUGGAGAGAUGUUCUCUCAGACCCUGAGAAAAAUCUGACUGUCAGAAUGUGUCUGAUCUAUAGUUUAAAUCACAUUCUAGACCACGGACCAAGUUGCCGUGGUGAGAAGAUACCUGUACGGACUACUUUUCAAAUGGAUUUCCGCCUCUUUUUUAUAAUAGAGCCAAUCAAUAGGAUUAUAAAACCAGAAUGGGAUGAGCAACUUUCUGAUCAACACAACAACAAACAACAACAAGGACUAUUCCAUGUAAAUUGGGAGGUUACAUACAUUUAUACUUUUUAAUUAUUUUAGUUUUCACGUUUCUUUUCAUUUAUACCACUGACAAGCAAAACAAUUUUAGACAACUUUUGAUUCAUGUAAUGGUACGCUAUUCAAGAAAGGCUAAUGUAACUAUUUCUAAAUCCAACCAAGUAGUUUCAGAUCUUUGUAUGAUAUCGUUUAUUUGUAACAGAUAAUCAUGUAUAUUAAUAAAAU